AUGCCUGAAGUUAAAGACAAGAACUCGCAACCCAUCAAGGAGAGAGAUGAGGUGUGGACUAGGAUCAGAGGCGGGAAGCGAGAAGGGGAGGUCGAAAAGGUCGUCACCUCUGACAAGGAGGCAGCCGAGGAGAACGUGAAACAUCCGCCCAAGGUUCUCUUCACAGACCAGCAUGGCCACGGGGUUGCGCAUAACCCAGAAACCCUACAGCACAAGUGA